CUGUGUAAUUGAGUUGUUAUUGCCUUGUUAAGCAGAAGUCUUCUACAGAAACAUCACCAGAUGUGUGUGUGAUUUGGAGAGAAAUAAUACCUGUAGUAGUUUAUAGAAAAUGUAUUUUAGUGUUUGUCUAAAAGAUCUUCAAUUCUGAUUGAAAGCAUCAGGCCUUUGAAUUCUAUCGCCGCCGUUACCUGUGACAGAGUAAACGCAUGAAAAGUGGACAAAAAAAAGACAGUGUAGGUUUUUAUUUCACUGUUUAUAUAUUUAUUACAUCUUUCUGAUGCUUCUUGUUAUUACAUGAUCACCUUUGCUGCUCUAACACCACAAAUGUCCCCGUUAUAUGAAUAACAGGUGGUUAUCCUAUUAGAAAAGACAAUGUAACUAACUUUACUGUUGUCAUUCAUAGCCAGUAGGUAUGUCCUUGAUGUAUAGAAAGGGCACAUGUAGGCAUAAAAUAUGAUAAAAAUAUAUUAUAUGUUGUAUAAUAGAUUUUUAUUUUGCACUUUUUUAUUGAGGGAAUGAGUCAAUCUAUUAAUCGACAUCAUCACUUUUCACUGUAUAAAUUAUUUUCGUGACAAACAUCCAUUUCAUGGAGGGGAGAUUUAAAAAUGAUUUUAAUAAAACACAGGGUCAUGUUUUGUUCUAACUCAGGUAGAGGUAUCUGAAAACCCCCUUUGAAUAUUUGUGUCUGAACCUGCCGCAUGGCCCCAACCUUUGGAAUUAAAAUUGUUUAGAAAUUAGCAAUGAGCUAAAUUAGCAAGUUAGCCAUGAGCUAAGUUGAGAGAGCAUCUGGAGCUGAAAGAGUUAAAUGUUAUCAGAAAUGGAGCAGGGGAGGAGACGUUACCAACGUCAACAUGCUGAAACGAAACUCAAUGAGGAGACUGAAGGAGUGGUUUUCAAAGUGUAGUUUGCUUUGACAUUGUUGCGCAGCUGCUUUUAAAACCUGCUACUUUACAGAUAUGGCAACUUCCAGCUGUCUGCUGUCAGAGGACAAGUUCCUUUGUUCUGUGUGUCUGGAUGUGUUCACUGAGCCAGUCUCAACGCCAUGUGGACACAACUUCUGCAGUGCAUGUAUCCAUAAGUAUUGGGACAGCAGGGACAUUUGCCAGUGUCCAUUAUGCAAAAGGACAUUUUCUCCAAGACCUCAACUCCAAGUCAACACUUUUGUGUCUGAGUUAGCUGCUGAGUUUAAGACGUCAGUUCAAGUUAAAGCCUCAACUCCAGACCCACAGCUUCCUGGAACAGCAGACGUUCUUUGUGAUAUCUGCUCUGAUUUAAAGGAAAAGGCCGUCAAAUCUUGCCUGAUGUGUCUUGCGUCUUUCUGUGAAGUGCACCUUGAGCCUCAUCACAGAGUUGCAGGUCUCAAGAGCCACACAUUAUUAGACCCUGUGAAGAAUCUUGAUGACAAAAUGUGCAAGACACACAACAAGAUAACAGAACUGUACUGCAGGACUGACCAGGUCUGUGUUUGUGUCUUGUGUUUCAAAACUGAUCACAGGAGUCACAAUGUUGUCCCACUUGAGGAAGAAUAUGAAGCAGUGAUGGCAAAGAAAGAUGAGACCAUGGCAAAUAUCCAAAAGAUGAUAGAGUCACGGUGUGAGAAGAUAGCUGAGAUUGAAGAGUCACUUGAAGUCAGCCAGAGAGAAGCUGAGAAAGAGAAAGAAGCCAGUGUGCAGGUCUUCACUGACCUGAUCCGCUCCAUCCAGAGAAGCCAGGCCGAGCUGGUUGAGCUGAUUGAGGAGAGGUACAGAGCAACAAAGCAAAAGGCCGAAGGUUUCCUCACAGAACUGAGGAUGGAAGUCGCUGAGCUCCAGAGCAGAAGCAGCCAGCUGGAGCAGCUGUCACAGUCUGAGGAUCACCAUCAUUUUCUCCAGAGCUUCUCAACCCUGUGCUCUCCUUCAAACAAGGACUGGACCAACGUCAGUGUUCACAGCCAUCUGUCUUUGGAGGCAGUGAGAGGGGCUGUGAGUCUGCUGAAACAAAGACUUGAUGAAAUAAUGGAGGAGGAUCCUGAGAUCAAAAUGAACAGAAUGAGAGAACAUGCAGUGGACUUGACCUUUGACCCUGACACAGCAUAUUGCUCACUUGUUAUCAGCCAGGAUGGAAAACAAGUGACACAUGCAGGCACAAUACAGAAUCUUCCCUACAGUCCAAAGAGAUUUAAAGGGUGUGUAGAGGUUUUGGCAAAGGAGGGGUUCACAUCAGGGAAGUUUUACUAUGAAGUGCAAGUGACAGGAAAGACUAACUGGUAUCUUGGAGUGGUCAGAGAGUCUGUUGAGAGAAAGAAAAACAUGACUCUGUCAGUUGAAAAUGGUUUCUGGACCUUUGGGCUCUGUGUUGGUAUAUAUAAGGCAUAUACAACACCAAGCUCAAAAAUCACAGUGAAAGGAAAGCUUGAGAAGGUGGGCAUCUUUGUGGACUAUGAAAAGGGAAAGGUUUCUUUCUAUGAUGUGAAUUCUAAAUCUCAUAUCUAUUCUUUCACUGGCUGCCACUUUACAGAGACACUGUAUCCAUACUUCUGCCCUCAAGAUUUCAUGGAUGGAACAAACUCCGCCCCUCUCAUCAUAACCCCUGUACCUACAACACACUGAGUUUGGCCCUUCUUUAAAAGGUCCAGUGUGUAAAAGCCCAGAUUCACCAAACCUGAAAGAUGAAGGCCGUUGCUGUGUCGUGACCAAAAAAGUUGCGCAUCAUGAAAUGUUUCUGCUAGAUAGUUCAAUGGAUAAGAGAAAAAUAAACUUACUUGAUGUAACAAGUAGAUUUGAUCUCGACAAACGCUCUUCAACAGCCCAACUUUGACUGACAGUCGACCAUCAGCUUGGUGCGUCAGGGCCUUAAGAUUUAGGGGGUUUUAGUGGCAUCUAGUGGUGAGGACUGCAGAUUGCAACUAAUUGAAACUUCUUCCAAUUACAAAUUUUCAGUGUCCAUUGCUAGGAAGUAUUUACUUGGAGCUGACUUCUCCACAGAGGUCUCUUCCUCUUCAAUAACAAACAAAGUCAGUAAUUUCAACCGGUAAAAAACACGGUGGUCUCCGUAGACGAGGACCCACUUCAUAUAUAGAUAUAAACGGCUCAUGCUAAGGAAACAAAACGACAAUGAUUCUUAUUUUCGGGUAAUUAUACAUUAAAGAAAACAUACUGUUAUUACAUUUAAUUUCUGCCAAUACAUCCCCUUUAAUCCUACAUACUGGACCUUUAAUGGCUGCAGAAAGAUUCAUAAUGCUCUCUGUCAAUACACUUAACAGAUGUGCAAAUGUUAUAUUGGUAAUCUCAAACUAGCCUCUCUAAUAUUUACGUGUUUUCUCUUUAUGCAUGGAUAUAUAAAAGAAGCAUGACGCUACAUGACAAGUGACUUCCUGUUUCCCUCUCUACAGUGUACAUUUCUGUAAAUAUGAUGAUGUGAACUCAUGAUACUAAUGUUGCACAGUUAUAUUGUCAGAUCCUGUUGUAUCACAAUAGAGGACAUAAUGUUUCUCUGUUCAGACGUUCUGUUCUCUUACAAUCUGCUGCUCCUGCAAAAUCAGACAUGUUUUGCCUUUCAAAGACCAGUGUCUAAAUAUUCUUCAUUUUGUUGGUUUCUUGUGAUUCACUGUGAAUUUUGUGCUUCUGUGACAACUGGGGCUGAAUAAACUGCACAUCUAAACUUGAUUAGACGAGACUCUU